AUGGAAGUAGCGCAGCAGCCGCAGAGGAAGGGGGAGAAGAACGAGGUUGUGCUGCUGGCACUGGACUACACGACCGACUGGUACAAGCUCUUUCGGGGGUGCAAGACCGCUGGCGGCCUGCCCAUCCGGGUAGAACAGUCCGAGUGGAAGGACCUCCAUGUCGAAGCCAGUGCUACGGAGGGGGUCAAGGUGCACAUUAAGGCGUCGGACAACCCUCUGCCCUUCUCCACACAGAAGGACGAGCGCGUGGUGGUGCCCGACUUCUGCCUCAUCCGCAACUUCCCCAUGGACAUUCACGACAACGGGUUCAAGAACAUGGUGAUCGGUCUUCUCUUUGGCGACAUCCCUGCAGUGAACUCCCUUGAAUCGGUGCUGCGCUGCAUGGAACGACCUGUCGUGUACGCGGCCAUGCUCAAGUUGCAGCGCCAGCUGGGUCCCGAUCGCUUCCCGCUAAUCGCUAUGAACUACUAUCCCAACCUCCGCGCGAGCGGUUAUCAAGGCUAUGGCAAGACUCAGGCCCGGGACAAGCACGACAUGCAGGACAUCACUUCAAUCCUCGCUCUCCACAACGACUAUUACACCACUGAGCCGUUCAUCGAGCACGAGUACGAGUUCAGGGUGCAGAAGAUCGGAGAUCAUUACCGCGCCUUCCGUCGCAACUCGGCCUCCUCGUGGAAGAACAACUGGGGCAAGCUCACAUUCGUGGAUCAUGAAAUGACGGCGGACUACAAGCUGUGGGUGGACGAGGUGGCCAAGCUCUUCGGUGGGUUGGACAUUCUCGCUCUCGACGUGCUGCACGCCAAGGACGGCAAAGACUACAUAAUCGAGGUCAACGACACCGCGCCCGGGCUCAUGUGGGAGCACGAGGAGGAGGACCUUGGGCAUAUCCGCGAUCUCGCCCUGAAGCGGAUGAGCGAGGCCUAUGAUUGA